CGGCAGGGCAGCCCCCAGGCCCCGCCCGGGAAGGGAAGCGGAAGCGCGGCGGACGCGGAGCUUCGCUGGGUGAUGUCGCCAGACCGGCGCCGACCGGGACCUUCUGUCCGGGCGGGGCUGGCGGCGGCUCUGCGGCUGUGCCCCACCUGGAAGACUCCAGUGAAAAUUGGAGUGUGACAAGUUAGCAAAGGACUGGAGUUGUUGUUUCCGUUCCAUGGAUCCCUUGGGUGCUCCUUCCCAGUUUGUGGAUGUUGACAGUCUGCCAGGCUGGAGUGAUGCCUAUGAGGCUAAGCAACCGGAUUGUCACCAAAGUCCUGUUGAAAAAGCUCAAGCUGAUGUUAGAUCACCUUUUCCAUACAGGAAAGACAUCAAUGAAAAAAUAAUCUUAUGGAAAGGAGAUGUGGCGCUGCUGAACUGCACGGCCAUCGUGAACACCAGCAAUGAGACUCUCACGGAUAAGAACCCAGUAUCUGAAAGUAUAUUCAUGCAUGCCGGGCCUGACCUGAAGGAUGAGCUCCAGAAGCUCAAAGGCUGCAGGACAGGCGAGGCGAAGCUGACGAAAGGAUUUAACCUGGCGGCGCGUUUCAUCAUCCACACGGUGGGCCCCAAGUACAAGAGCCGGUACCGCACGGCGGCCGAGAGCUCCCUGUACAGCUGCUACCGCAACGUCCUGCAGCUCGCCAAGGAGCAGGCGAUGUGCUCCGUAGGAUUCUGUGUCAUUAACACUCUGAAAAGAUGCUACCCCUUGGAGGAUGCAACCCACAUAGCCCUGCGCACAGUUAGGAGGUUUCUGGAGGUUCAUGGAGAGACUCUGGAGAAGGUGGUAUUUGCUGUCUCUGAGCUUGAAGAGGCCACCUACCAGAAGUUGCUGCCUCUGUAUUUUCCGAGGUCGUUGGAAGAAGAGGUGCACUCCUUGCCUUACCUCCCUGCAGAUAUUGGCAAUGCGGAAGGGGAGCCGGUAGUACCAGAGCGGCAGAUCAGGAUUACUGAAAAGCCGGGCGUUCCGGAUGAUGCUUCAGAUGAAGAGGGUCUGGAGGCAGAUUUGUCUUUCAUUGGGUCCCAUGCGUUUGCCCGCAUGGAGGGCGACGUUGAUAAGCAGAGGCGCCUCAUCCUGCAGGGACAGUUGUCAGAGGCAGCACUGCAGAAACAGCACCAGAGGAAUUAUAAUCGCUGGCUGUGUCAGGCAAGAGCUGAAGACCUCUCUGACAUUGCUUCUCUUAAAGCUUUGUACCAGACAGGUGUGGAUAACUGUGGGCGCACUGUGAUGGUGGUGGUUGGAAGGAAUAUUCCUGUAACAUUGAUAGACAUGGAAAAAGCUCUUCUGUAUUUCAUCCACGUCAUGGAUCAUAUUGCAGUGAAGGAGUAUGUCCUGGUGUACUUCCAUACGCUCACAAAUGAUUACAAUCAGCUAGACUCUAACUUCCUGAAGAAACUCUAUGAUGUUGUUGAUGCCAAGUACAAGAGGAACUUGAAGGCAUUAUAUUUUGUCCACCCAACAUUUCGUUCAAAGGUCUCAGCAUGGUUUUUCACAACCUUUACAGUCUCAGGGCUAAAGGACAAAAUCCACUAUGUGGAAAGCCUUCAGCAGUUGUUCACAGCCAUACCCCCAGAACAGAUUGAUCUUCCCCCUUUCGUCCUCGAGUAUGACGCCAGGGAAAAUGGGCCUUACUAUUCUUCUUAUCCUCCAUCCCCUGACUUGUGAUCUGCAGUCCUGUGAUGCUGCCAGUUUCCCAUGGAUCCAAUGACCUGAUGCCUGCCAAAACCUGUGCAUUUACCCAUGUACAGAAUUCAGAGAGAGGGUUUUCCUCCCCCAGCUCUGGUAUUUUUUUACUGAUGAGAUAUUUUCAAGCACUCAAGCAAUCAGAGAACUUUAUGCCACUGUGAACUGUACAACUAUUUCAAAUAUAUUUAUCCAACAGAAAAGCUGAUUUAAAGAUCA